GCGCUUCACUUCAAUCCUCUCCAGCCGAAGCAGAAAGGCAGCCUCCUUGAUCUUCAUCAAAACAAAAUGAUAUCCUACAGAUCCUCAAGCAUGUCAUCUGGUGGUGGAGCCUACCUGGGCAGCAGCAGGUCCAUGUAUGGUGGAGCUGGAGGCACUCAGGUCAAGAUCUCCUCUGGUGGCUCUUCCAUGUCCAUGUACAGUGGCAGCAGUGGCGGUGGUGGAGCUGUCUUUGGCCUUGGUGGUGGAGCAGGAGGUGGGUUUGGCUUCAGCGCCAGCAGCGCCGGCAGCAUAGACAUCUCUGCCAAUGAGAAGGCCACCAUGCAGAAUCUGAACGACCGUCUGGCCAGCUACCUGGAGAAGGUGCGCAAGCUGGAGAAGGCCAAUGCUGAGCUGGAGCUGAAGAUCAGACAGUUCCUGGAGAGCAAGACCUCCCCCUCGGCCAGAGACUACACUUCCUUCUACGCCACCAUUGCAGAGCUGCAAGGCAAGAUCCAGGAUGCGACCAAAGUCAACGGUUCCAUCUACCUUUCCAUCGACAACGCAAAGCUGGCGGCCGAUGACUUCAGGAUCAAGUACGAGAACGAGUUGUCCAUGCGUCAGUCGGUGGAGGCCGACAUCGCCGGGCUCAGGAGGGUUCUGGACGAGCUGACACUGAGCCGGACCGACCUGGAGAUGCAAAUCGAGGGCCUGAGGGAGGAGCUGAUCUUCCUCAAGAAGAACCAUGAGGAGGACCUCCUGGCGAUGCGAGCUCAGAUGAGUGGCCAGGUGAACGUGGAAGUGGAUGCUGCUCCAGGUGAAGACCUCACUAAGAUCAUAGCGGAGGUCAGAGAGCACUAUGAGAAUGUUGCUGCCAAAAACAACCGAGACCUGGAGACCUGGUACCAGACAAAGACAGAAGUAUUGAACAAAGAAGUCGCCAGCCACACAGAAACCCUCCAGACCUCCAGAUCUGAGAUCACGGAGAUCAAGCGAACAUUGCAGGGCCUGGAGAUUGAGCUGCAGUCUCAGCUCAGCAUGAAAAAUUCGCUGGAGGCCACGCUGGCUGAAACUCAGAACCGGUACGGCAUGCAGCUGGUGGCUUACCAGAGCCAGGUGACCAUGCUGGAGGAACAGCUGUUGCAGCUGAAGGCCGACCUGGAGAGACAGGGACAGGAGUACCAAGUGCUGCUGGACAUCAAGACCAGGCUGCAGAUGGAGAUCGCCGAGUACAGGAGGCUGCUGGACGGAGAGGCCAGCAGCAGCAUCACCACCACCAGCUCCAGCUCCACCUCCACCACCACACAGAAAGUGAUCACCAUCGUAGAGGAGAUCGUGGAUGGGAAGGUGGUGAGCUCCUCCAGCGAGACCGUCAGUCAGACCAUCUGAGCACCAGCACCAAAAUAAAUGUGCAAAUAAAUGUCUGCUGAGGCGUUUCAAAAUAAAA